GGUUAGCCGCGGUGCUAAAAGCUAGUGAGGCUAAAUACUAAGUCGACUAUUGUUAUUAUGCUAAAAGCCACGUGCUAAGCUAGCUGCAGUUAAAUGCUGUGUUAACGCUAGCGAGGCUAAAUACUACGUCAGCUAGUGUUAUUGUUAUGCUAACAGCUACAUGCUAAGUUAGUAUUUAGCCUCGUUAGCGUUAGCUAAGUCGACCAUCAUAUUAGUUGAAUAGAAGUACGACUUUGUAAGAUUGAUGUUGUCUGUGUGGCGCCUAUGACAACGUUAAUGUCCGCUGGAAGUAUCCAAAGAUCGGCUGGUCGACGUCUCACCUUUCGGCGUUGCUGCCGUCCAGGUACGCGAAGUCUCCGGCCUGGACACAGCGGGCGCACGUCAGCCUGCGGCGGGACGUACUGCACAGCGGGCACCGCUCCACCGCCACAUACAGACCCUCCGCGUCGUCCACGGACUCCACCAUGACGCCGGCGGGCAGAGGCGGGCGAAGCGGCGGCCUUCCCGCGGGGCCGGCGGCUCGGACUACCGCUGAGGACGCCAUGCUAGCUAAGCUAACCACCGACGUGUUUGCUAAUCAGAAAAUCAAUCAAUCAAUCAAUCAAUGUUUAUUUAUAUAGCCCUAAAUCACAAGACGUCAUCAGCCGCUAACGCUCCAUGGUGACGUCAGACAAGAAUGUUUCGACGAGCGGGCUGACCCCACCGCACUUCCGGUUGUUGCUUCGUUGAUUUUGUGACGUCAGUCCCCAGGGGCGUAGUUUACCUUUAAUUCAGCUGGGCGGUGACGUCAUGUUAAAUUCAAUUUAGGUUAAGAUAUGAAAAUAAAUAGGUUGAGGUAAAAAAAAUAAAAAUGGUUGAGAUGUAAAAAUAAUUAUGGUGAGGUAUGAAAAUACGUUGGUUGAUGUGUGAAAAUAAGUAUUAUUGAGGUAUAAAAGUAUUUAUGUUGAGGUAUAAGAAUAAUUACAUCGACGUAUGAAAAGUUUUUGGAGUUUUAAAAAAAAUACAUUGAGGUACGAAAAUAGGUUGGUAAAAAAUAUAUUUUGAGAUAUAAAAAUACAUAUUUUGAGGGAUGAAAAGUUGGUUGAGGUAUAAAAUAAUUAUGUUGAGGUACGGAAAUAAAUAUUUUGAGAUAUGAAAAUAUGUUGGUUGAGGUAUAACAAUUAUUAUUUAGAGAUAUGAAAAUAAAUAUUUUGAGGUAUGAAAUCAAGUAUUUUAAUAUAUGAAAAUGAAUAUUUUGAGGUAUGAAAACAGGUUGGAUGAAGUAUAAAAAAAUAAUCAUGUUGAAAAUAUUUAUGUUAAGCUAUAAAACGCAGCGGGAGGGUGUAAUUUAUUUGUCAUCAAACCCAAAGCACAUCUAUUUACAAAGAAACAGGAAGUGAUGUCACUGCUUCCGGAAGCCUCUUAAGAUGGGAUAAAUGUUCUCAAAGGCUUCGUAGAUCUCGCUGCGCUCUUUGGCUCCUGAAAGAAAGCAGCCAGGAAUGACUGACAUCUGCCAACAUUAUGGCGUUAAGCUAACGUUAGCGUGACGACAGUUAGCAUGCCAAUACCCAAGUUGGAAUGCUACCUGUUGCCAUGCUAACAUUAGCUUAACAGCAAACUGGGGGCAUGCUAACUGUUGGCAGGCUAAUGUUAGCUUAACAGCCAACUGUCGACAUGCUAACGGUUGGCUUGCUAACUAUUGAAAUGCUAACGUUAGCUUAACAGCCAACUGUCGACAUGCAGAUACAGGAAGUUACCGGUCAGGACCACCUUCCCCGACACGAAGAUAAGCAGGACGAUUCGAGGCUUCACCAUCCGGUAGAUGAGGCCCGGAAACAACUCGGGUUCGUAGCUGCCGGGUGAAAAAAGGUUCUGUUGCCGACCUGUGGGCGUGACGACGGCAAGAGGUGGCACCUGCUGAACUGCUGGUGGGUCAGAACCAGUCCCUCCAGUCGGAUGGGGAAGCAGACGUCGCAGCUGGCCACCAUGUUCUGGAUCUUGAAGUCCAGGAAGCGAGCGGAGAAGCCCAACUUCUGCACCACACGGGCGUACUUCCUGGCCGCCAGUCGAGACUGCUCCUCGCUGCACACGCUCAGAAAUAAAAGGGAUAAAGCGGACCACCACCGACCCGGAGGGCCAACUGGACUGGUAAGCGGUACCGACCUCUUAGCUCCGGUGCAGACCAUCUUCCCUGAGCUGAAGAUCAGUGCUGUGGUUCUGGGCUCGCGGAUCCUCAUGAUGACGGCGGCAAAGCGCUUGAACAGGAAACACACUGUGCUCUGUCAAGAAUCUAAUACCCUAAGCUAACACUCUACCUUGGGGUUGUACUCGGCGUUCCUGGCUUGAAGAGCGAUGAACUUGAGGUCUAGAGGACAGCCCAGGUUGACAGUGGACACGAUGUUCCUGCACAUCCACACGUCAGCGAGCGGUAAGAGUCACGUAGCGUGGACAAGACGAGCGACCUACUGCAGCUGAGGGACGAUUCCUGACCUCUCGGUCACCGGCGUCAUGGGUGUCAUAGGGGCCAUGGGCGUCAUGGGGCAGAAAAGGGAGGGGCCGGCCGUGGGUGACUCUUGCGAGGGUUUAUUUGGGGUCACCGAGGAAUUCUGGGAAGGGAAGUCCAGCCCAAUGCCGCUGUGGUGGGACAUGUUGACACCUGCGGGCAAACUCACAGGUGGGUUCACCUUUCGCCACCCAGCCCUGCCCACACAGACCACAACCUCUUUGCCAAACCCACACCUGCGUCGUCCUGCGCGCCGAGCUCGUCAGGAAGGAAGCUGAGGUCCAGCUCGUCCGCCAGCUCUCGGCUGGGCCCCGCCUUUGUCGACUGGUGGGUGGAGUCCUGACUUGUAGAGGCGGGGCCUGGAAGUGGGUGGGCGGGGCUUUGAAGGCCCAGCUCCUCCCCCACCAUGAGGCAGGAGUCCUAAAAAUGUGUGUCAUUUUUAUCACCAAAUCCACAACACAAAUAUCACUGCAGAGGUCAGGCUUGCACUUCAAGAUGCUGAUUGGACGGCGGGAUUAUUGCAUGGACUAGCAGGCGAGGACGCAGGCGCUGACUCUUCGCCGCUUCUCCACACUAUUUUUUGCUAUUUUUACUGACAUCUAGUGAGAUUUUACCGAUAUUUAGAGACUGAUGUGCCCUGCCAGCUGUAUCUUGAACUUUAUCAUUUAGCCGCUGAAAAGACUUGAUUCGACAUCACUGUUUUGUGGACGUAUCAUACCUGCUUGCGCCAUUCUAUGUGUACUCGGCUAGGACUAGCAUUAGCCGCUGCAAACUACCACUUGCCAAAGUGUCCGUGUGCUCCACCAACCAGUGACGUGCGGUGAGGUUAAUGGCUGGUGAGGCACUGACUUCAUCACAGUCAGAUUUACAAACAUAUGAACCCUAAAGAGUAUCUUAUUCACCAUUUGAUUGGCAGCAGUUAACAGGUUAUGUUUAAAAGCUCAUACCAGCAUUCUUCCCUGCUUGGCACUCAGCAUCAAGGGUUGGAAUUGGGGGUUAAAUCACCAAAAAUGAUUCCCGGGCAUGUCGCCGCUGCUGCCCACUGCUCCCCUCACCUCCCAGGGGGUGAACAAGGGGAUGGGUCGAAUGCAGAGGACAAAUUUCACCACACCUAGUGUGUGUGACAAUCAUUGGUACUUUAACUUAACUUUAACUUUACACAUACAAACUAGCACACAAAAAAACACAUUUAAUUAAAAAAACGUUAUUAUUACCUUUACUUAUAAAUGAAGUCCAUGCACCGCUGUUGUGCUGGAGGGUGCGCCCCCGCCGUGGAGUGCGCCCCCUGACGCGGGUGUUGUGUCGGCUGGAGCCCGCACUUGGACUUUCCACGUGCAGGAUUGGGUCUAUUUGGGAGGGUUGUUUGGUGAGAGGCCAGGGAGUGCGGGAGCGGUGGUGUUCGUGUUGGAGGAGUUGUGAAUGACUGAAAUAUGAAAUCCGUGCUGCAGUCUGCAGGUGUACCUAAUGUUGUGGCCCUGCAGUCGUUCGCGGCUCCUCCGACGCGGGCAUUGUUGUUUUUGCACUUUUUGGCUUCUUGUUGAAUGAAUUUUUUGAGUAGAUUCGGUCUUGCACGUGGAGGGUUUGAGUGUGGGCUUUAGUUGGUAUAACACUCCCGUCAGGGGGUGCAUUCUACGGCGGGGAUGCAUUCUCUACCACCAGGAGGCGGGAUUACUGCGAGCCUCAGCCAGUGCGUCUUCGCAGCAGUUUUGUGAUCGCUCAGCACAAGAAAUACUUACACACAUACAGUUGUUGACAAAAUACACUGUACAUUAUAUACCUCAGCUAACUAAACUAUGGAAAUGUAUAAUAUAAUUCAUAUAGCAAUACGGUCUCAGUGCACAGCAGGCCAGCAGUUAGCCGUGUCCGCAAUCCAUGUUGAGGCACAACGCAGUGACGCAGCGUCUCUUCUCAGUAUUUGAACGGCAAAUGGGAAAAUUCAGCGAUUUUGAAUAAAAAUAAUCUAAAACUGGUGAAGUUAAAUGGAAAAUAACUUUAUAGUAUAAUCACUGGAUACAAAUAAUUUAAUUAAUUUUUUUUCUUUUUACAUUUUUUUUCUUUCCAUGAUGGCACGUCUGGCCCCGCCUCACCUGCCUCCUUUGACUGCACGUCACUGCCACCAACAUACCCCCGGUUGUCGGCUCCACUGCUGGGGCUGUGUGCGGAUGUCCUCCACAACGUGCACCACAGCUGCCAAACUGUGUGUGCAGGGACUACGGCUGACUGUGGACACCGGGACCACAGCUGCCAAACUGUGUGUGCAGGGACUACGGCUGACUGUGGACACCGGGACCACAGCUCAUCUACGCAGUACACCAUUGCAGCUGCUAGAGCUCAACACCUGUGGCCCUCUAUCGGGCCUGACAGUCAUCAAACAGCCAAGACUCCUUCGUCGCCCCCGCUACAUCCAUGGGGGGUACAGUUGGCGAUUUGUGUACAUCAACACCGGGAGAUCCUCCGUGGUCAGCAGCAACACGCUCUGUCGCAACUCAAGUACGUCAUCUGAGCAGCGUCACCAAGGGAACUGAAAACACUCCUCAGCCGUGUACCUGGAGAGGCCCAAAAACUGGAGUGGGUUCCAGUGUUCUCCAUCCCCUGGAAAAAAUAUCCUCACACCAAACACCAAACUCAAACUUUUCAAUGUCCAGUCUCUAACAAAUAAAUCUGUCACCCAUUUCUCUACGGAAACUCUCCACAAUUUAAUGUUUAGCAGUUAAAUGUAAACAUGCACUCUCUACAAUACUCUGUAUUUACCGCCCACCAAGACAACACCCGGAUUUCAUUGCAGAAACUGCUCUCAUCAUUCUGCACAUCAUACUUGGAGACCUAAACAUCCAUGUGGACACACCCUCAAUUCACUCUGCUGCUGAAUAUUUGGAGCUCCUGGACUUCUCUAAUCUCAGACAACUUUUUGAAGUUCCCACCCACAACAGGGGCCACUCCCUCGACAUGGUGACAUCACUGACGCUGUCCCCAUCUCUAACGUCCAUGUUUUUGCCAACAUCAUUUAUGCCAGAAGUACAAUAAAAGCGGUCCAAGGAUGGAGCAUUAAGGCACUCCAGCCAGACAGUCGAAAUUCAGGCAACGUUUCGUUUGACUCACAAAACCAAAGAGCGUUUAAUUCAUAAUAAUGACCACAAUACAGUAAAUCAUCUCAUAUUGUCGUGCACACCUGUCAGGUGAUGGCUGCCCAAACAAAAGUGUCCAAUUCUUCCACACAUUGAAUGUUAUUGAUAAAUUGUGUGUUGAUUGGAAGGUGUUCAUGCAGCAGGUUACUUACAUUUGCGAUCGAAUCAUCAAAGUACCGCUCCAACGCAAACUCCUCCAUCUUUGCACAACCACGUGACCUGCUACACAACUUGACACAGCUGCAACCAAUCAGAUGACGACGACUUUGAUUGAUUAAAUUGAUUGAAACUUUUAUUAGUAGAUUGCACAGUACAGUACAUAUUCCGUACAAUUGACCACUAAAUGGUAACACCCGAAUAAGUUUUUCAACUUGUUUAAUUAGGGGUCCACGUUAAUCAAUUCAUGGUAAAGUAGUUAAUUGAUUGGUACGAAAUAACAGUUUUCAUUAAUUUAGUCAUCUUCAUAAAUUUUCAUCUAUGCUCGUCUUCGUCUUUCCGCAAAGUUUAAAACAGAGUGUGCCGUCACGCGCGCUUUAGCCUCCCGCCAGCAGGAGGCGCGCCAUGCCGGAAGCGAGGCAGCCAACGAGGCCGUGCGCAAGCGCAGUUUGACCGUAAACAAAUCCUGCACGGUAGUGAAGCCCGAGCGGUGCUUUUUGAUCGUAAAUUUAUUGAUCACCACGUCAUGUUGAUCAACAAACACACCUGUAUGGUAGUGAAUCCCCAGUGGUGCUUAUUGAUCACCACCUCAUGUAUUGAUCAGUAAACAAACAAGAUGGACGCUGUUGAAGAACGACUGGCGGACUUCUCACUGGAGGCUCAUGUUAAAAUAUCAUUUUCAGAUUUGUACCUGAGCCAAUCGGUACCUCACGUGGAUGGCCCACCUGACCCACUGACCUUUUACCGCGACUGGAUUGGUACAAACAAACCCUGCAUCAUCCGAAACGCUCUCAACCAUUGGCCGGCCUUGUCCAGGUGGACGCCGACGUACCUGAGGGAAAAGGUGGGGUCAAAGGUCAUCAGCGUGGCGGUGACUCCCGAUGGUUACGCCGACGCCGUGAGAGGCGAUCGCUUCGUGAUGCCAGAAGAACGUCACAUGACCGUUUCCUCCGUGCUGGACGUCCUGGAAGGCAAGGUGAAGCGGCGUGGAGUCUUUUACGUCCAGAAGCAGUGUUCCAACCUGCUGGAUGAACUUCCUGAGCUGACAGGCGACGUGGAAGCGCAUGUGCCGUGGAUGAGUACGGCGCUGGGAAAGUUACCAGACGCCGUCAAUUUCUGGCUGGGCGAAGCAGACGCCGUCACGUCACUGCACAAAGAUCCUUAUGAGAACGUCUACUGUGUCGUUUCUGGACAGAAGAACUUCAUCCUGCUGCCGCCUACAGAGCGACCCUUCCUCCCUUACGGCCUCUACCAGCCCGCGGUUUACCGCCAGCAGGACGACGGCGACUUUGCGGCGGUGGACCAGACCGACUGUGAGAAGGUGCCCUGGAUCCCCCUGGACCCGCUGGACCCCGACCUGAAGCGCUACCCUAUGUACCGAAGAGCGCGGCCGCUGCACUGUAGUGUGAAGGCCGGGGAGAUCCUAUACCUGCCCUCGCUGUGGUUCCACCACGUGCGGCAGACGCACGGCUGCAUGUCAACUUCUGGUACGACAUGGACUUUGACGUCAAGUACAACUACUUCCAGCUGGUGGACACGCUGUCGCAGCUCAUAUCACCACCUGCAUGUGAGGCAAACAGGAAGUGAGCAAGAGGCAAACAGGAAGUGAUAAAAAGCUCUUUAUUAAAGCAAACUUUUGGUUUUUUCAA